GCGGUGGAGCAGGAGCCGCCGCCAUUUUGGUUUCGCUGCCUCGGCUCGGAGCAGGGCCGAAGCGGCGGCCGGUCCGUGCGGGUCCCGCCCUGGCCCCGUCCGCGCGGGCGGCCGGGAACGAUGCGGCGCGGAGCAGCCCGGGCUCGGCCCCGCUCGCGUUGUCGCUGACACGGGUAAAAGAUGCUGACUGCCAGUAGUAGAACAGAUCUUCUGUGGAACAUAUCUCUCUAAAUCUUCCCUGCAGUUACCUGAAGGCAUAUUUUCCUGUGAUGGACCCUCGGAAUACUGCUAUGUUAGGCUUGGGUUCUGAUUCUGAAGGGUUUUCUGGGAAAAGCCCCUCUGUGGUUAAUCUUGGCACAUUGGUGGGGAAAGGAGAAGUAGAGCUGGAAAGUUGCACCAAGGAAGAAGACGACAGUAAGAAGAAGAACCGGGAGGGGACCAGUGCUGAGGAUGGGAAGAACGAGGCUCUCACUGAGGCCCAGCAACAGUUUUCAGUGAAAGAAACAAACUUUUCCGAGGGGAACCUGAAGCUGAAGAUUGGGCUCCAGGCAAAGCGAACAAAAAAGCCUCCCAAGAACCUGGAGAACUAUGUGUGCCGGCCUGCUAUAAAAACCAGCAUCAAGCAACCAAGAAGGGCCCCCAAGAGUGGGAAGAUGACAGAUGAGAAGAAUGAGCACUGUCCUUCAAAACAAGAUGCUUCAAAGUCCUACAAGAAAGCUGGAGAAGUUGCAACAGUUGAAUUACAUGUGGAAGAAGGUAUACAAGUAGAAACAAAUCCUUUACCUAAGAAAGUUUCCCCAUUGCACUCUGAAAUGACAGAUUAUAUAAAGUCAGCUCCUCCGACUCUUAUCAGUAGCCAUAAUUCUGACUUAAAGGAUAGAACACAGAUUAACGGAGCAACAACUGUAACAGAGAAAUUGGCUCAACUUAUUGCAACCUGUCCUCCUUCAAAGUCUUCCAAAACAAAGCAGAAGAAGCCUGGAAGUGGAACUGCAUCUGGUUUGGUUAAAGACUCUGGGAAGAAGCUACCAGGAGCUCUGACUGCCAGUGGGUUAGUUAGUAAAGAUUUGGUAAAGAAAUUGCCAGGAUCUGGGAUUGCUGUUGGGUUGGUUAACAAGGACUCAGGGAAGAAGCCAUUAGGAAUUGGGAGUGCAGCCAUAUUGGUUAACAAAGACUCUGGGAAGAAGCCACAGGGGCUUGGCCCACUGAUUGGAUUGGUUAACAAGGACUCUGGGAAGAGGCCACCAGGGAUCAGCACUCCGCCUGGGUUAGGUAACAAGGACUCUGGAAAGAAGCAGCCAGUGACCAGCUCUGCAGUUGGAUUAAUCAGCAAAGAUGUUGGGAGGAAACUUCAGGCUAUCGGCACUCCAACUGGAUUGACUAAUAAGGAGGCUGUCAAGAAGCCAUUAGGGAUUGGCACUCCAGCAGGAUUGAUUAACAAGGACGCUGGGAAGAAGUUGCUGGGAAUAACUAGUCCUACAGGAUUGGUUAACAAGGAUUCUGGGAGAAAGAUGCCAGGGACUGGCACUACGACCGUUCCAACCAACAAAGACUCUGGAAGGAAGACACCAGGAAUUGGCAGCCCAGUGGGACCAGUUAACAAGGAUUCUGGGAGGAAGAUGCCAGGAAUUAGCAGUCCGGUGGGAUUGGUUAGCAAGGACUCUGGAAAGAAGCCAGCAGGAAUUGGCAGCCCAGUUGGUUUGGUUAACAAGGACUCUGGAACUCUGAAAGCAGACUCUCUCCUGCCGGCUUCGGAGCCCUUUAAGCUUCCUUGCAAUUCAAACCUCAGUAGCCUUGAAAGCCAUGAGACUACAGAUGUACUGAAGGAAAAUAGUAGUAGCAAAACAUUUGAGAAGCAUGUUAUGAGACAGAAUAAGGAAAGCAUCUUGGACAAAUUCUCUAUCCGGAAGGAAAUUGCAGAUGUAGGCAAAGAGAUGUUCAGUGAAGGAAUCUGCAUUCCACAGGAUGCUUACUCAACCAGUGAAAAAGGGAUUUAUGAAACUUCUAAGCAUGAGAAACAGCCUCCUGUGUAUUGCACUUCACCAGACUUCAGAACAGGAGGUGCUUCAGACGUAUCGACAGCAAAGUCCCCCUUUAGUGCAGUAGGAGAGGGCAAUCUCCCAUCGCCUUCACCCACAGUGUCUGUUACCACCUUAAACAGGAGCCUCUCAACAGCAUCCUCCCAGUUAGCAUCGAACUCGUUGCAUUUAAGUUCCACAGCAGACCUCUUGGAAGGGAUUUCGGAUCAGAUUGGCAAAACUCAGUUUUCCUCUGACAGUGCACUUCUGAACCUAAACAGAACAUUGAACCACACGCUGAGCACCGAUUUUAAAGGUGCUGAGAAAGACUUAAAUGAUUCAAAAGCUACUUACAUAGAAACUUCAAGAACUAGUCCUCCUACAGGGAAAAAGCCCAUUUUGGCAGCUGAAACGAGCAUUCACGCUACGGUCACCCCUUCAGUAGUUAGUUUCACAAGCUUGUUUAGUAGCAAGCAGUUCCUAAAGAUCGGUGCGAUAGCGGCAUCGGAGAAAUCCUGCCAAGGAGCAAAACCUCUGAGCACUGCUCAGCAGUCAAAACCUUUAAAGAAAAGAAAAGGAAGGAAACCACGGUGGACUAAAGUGGUGUCAAGAAGCACGUGUCGACCUCCAAAGGGUCUGGAACUAGAAAGGUCCGAGCUUUUUAAGAACAUUUCCUACAGUGCACUGUCAAGCAGUAAUUUGGAGCAGGCCAAGUUCUUGAAGAACAUAGGAACAUCUUCGUUUGUGGAGCAUGACUUUGUCAAGCAUCAGCUGCCAAAACUGAAUGAAGCUAAUGGGCAGUCUCUUGCACUCUUAGCUGAGACUGACAAGCAAACUCCAAAGUUCUACAGCACUCACAAACCCUCUAGUUUGUGUAUGGCAGAUGAUUUCUUACCUGACAUGUAUAAACCCAAAAGAGGAAGACCUAAAGCCAAGGAGAUGCCAGAGCUCGAAGGUCCCCCCAAAAGAACUCUAAAGAUCCCAGCAUCAAAAGUCUUUUCAGUGCAGUCGAAGGAGGAGCAGGAACCUCCAAUCUUGCAACCUGAAGUGGAAAUUCCCUCCUUAAAACAGAGCUUACCAGGACAACCUUUCCCUAAAAAGAGAGGGAGGCCCAAAAGACAGAUCAGGUCCUCGAUUAAAAUGAAGCCACCGAUUCUUUCUGUGGCCCCCUUUGUUGGCACAGAGAACUCGAGCAAGAUGGGUUCUGAAGGCGACCAGCAUCGAGCUGGCGACUUCUUUGAGAGAACAGACCAGCUCCGAGGGCCGGAAGAAGUCCAAAAGCCCACUCUUUGUAGCAUGAGCGAUUUGGAAGCGGACUCGGACCGCAAAGUUGCCAAGAGGAAUAACGGGCAGCUGAUGAAAACCAUCAUUCGGAAGAUAAAUAAGAUGAAAACUCUGAAGCGAAAGAAGCUCCUGAAUCAGAUUCUGUCCAGUACAGUGGAACCAAAUAACAAAGGGAAAGUGCAAUCUAAACUCCACAACACCGUGUCCACUCUGGCUGCCACGUUUGGGUCCAAGUUAGGUCAGCAAAUAAACGUCAGCAAGAAAGGAACGAUUUACAUAGGAAAAAGGAGAGGAAGGAAGCCUAAAGCUGUCCUCAAUGGUAUUUUAAGCAGCAGCUCGGCCAGUUUGACAGUUCUGGAGAAGUCUGCUCAACAAGCCCCUGGUACAUCCCUGGGGCAGGUACUUCCCCACUUGCUGCCUUCAGCAGGCACCAGUUCCGAGAUCCUUCCAUCACCAGUUUGCUCCCAGUCUUCUGCAGUGAGCGGGGGCCAGAGCCCCGUGAGCAGCGACGCUGGGUUCAUCGAGCCCAGCUCGGUGCCGUACUUACACAUCCACUCCAGGCAGGGGGGCGUCGUGCAGACCCUCGCCAUGAAGAAGGCUGCUAAGGGCAGGAGGAGGUUAUCUCCACCUACACUGCUGCCCAACUCUCCUUCCCACCUGAGCGAGCUGACCUCGCUGAAGGAAGCCACCCCGUCCCCUGUGAGCGAGUCCCACAGCGACGAGACGAUCCCCAGCGACAGCGGGAUAGGGACAGACAACAACAGCACCUCCGACCGAGCGGAGAAGUUCUGCGGGCAGAAGAAGAAGAGGCACUCGUUCGACCACGUGUCCCUCAUCCCGCCCGAAACUUCCACUGUGCUGAGUAACCUGAAGGAGAAGCACAAGCACAAGUGCAAGCGCCGCAGCCACGACUACCUUAGCUACGACAAAAUGAAGAGGCAGAAGCGAAAACGGAAAAAGAAGUACCCUCAGCUUCGAGGGAGGCAGGACCCGGAUUUCCUCGCCGAGCUGGAGGAGCUGAUAAGCCGGCUGAGUGAAAUCAGAAUAACCCACCGAAGCCACCACUUCAUACCCCGAGAUUUGCUGCCUACCAUUUUUAGGAUAAACUUCAAUAGCUUCUAUACCCAUCCUACUUUUCCUUUAGAUCCGUUGCACUACAUUAGAAAACCUGAUUUGAAGAAGAAGAGAGGCAGGCCUCCCAAAAUGCGGGAGGCGAUGGCAGAAAUGCCCUUCAUGCAUAGCCUGAGCUUUCCUCUCUCCAGUACCGGGUUCUACCCCUCUUAUGGCAUGCCUUACUCUCCUUCUCCCCUUGCAGCUGCUCCCAUAGGCUUAGGUUAUUAUGGAAGGUACCCUCCAACUCUUUAUCCUCCUCCACCCUCUCCUUCUUUUACUACCCCCUUGCCACCCCCUUCGUACAUGCAUACAGGCCAUUUGCUUCUCAAUCCCACCAAAUACCACAAGAAGAAGCAUAAACUGCUGCGCCAGGAGGCUUUCCUCACCACGAGCAGGACUCCGCUCUUGUCCAUGAGCACGUACCCCAGCGUCCCGCCGGAGAUGGCUUACGGCUGGAUGCUCGAACACAAGCACAGGCAUCGCCACAAACACAGAGAGCAUCGUUCUUCCGAGCAGCCGCAGGUUUCCAUGGACACUAUAACGGCCAAUAGCUCUUCUCGAACAGUUCUGGAGUCCCUGAAGCGCUACAGGUUUGGGAAGGAGGCUGUUGGGGAGAGGUACAAACACAAAGAGAAACACAGAUGCCACAUGUCCUGUCCGCACCUCUCGCCCUCCAAGGGUUUGCUAAGCAGAGACGAGCAGUGGGUCAGGAGAGAGCCUUCGGAGCCCAACUCCUUAGCGCUGGGCCUGCAGACCCCGCUGCAGAUAGACUGUGCAGAAACCCCCCCCGGGCUGUCCCUGGGGGGGUUCACCCCCAGCUCGGAGCCCGGCAGCAGCGACGAGCACACGAACCUUUUCACAAGUGCAAUAGGGAGCUGCAGGGGCCCCGGCUCCGCCAGCGCCAAUGGACGUAAAAAGGUGCCCGAGAGCCCCGGCCUGUUCGGCGCGCAGGAGCCCCCCCUCUCCCGGCCCCUCCGGAAGGAGCCGCUGCCUUCCAUGGAGAAGGCCCUCCAGCCGCUCACAGGCGCUUUGCCAACACAGGACAAACCCUCCCACAAGCCGUCAGAGAGCACAAACUGCAGCCCUUCCCGAAAGAGAUCCACAUCGGAGAGCACAUCUUCUACAGUGAUGGGAGUACCUGCCCGGGGAGGAAGGCUGGCAAGUACUGAGGAUCCAGUGGAUACCUUGCUGCAGCGCAUGGCGCAGCACGAAGGCCAGGCUGCUUUGGACAAAACCUUAGAAGCAGUCAUGGCAAAUGUGUCUGUUCCACCAUCAGCUAGUCCUGCUCGAAACCACACCAGGGAGAGAGGGCUGGGGAAGCAGGACAGCCUUGGAGCUCCAGCAAUUCCCAGCAGCUCCUGCAGCGACAGCAUCUCGCUUCUGUCCGACAGGCUACCCAAGAGCUACUCCCCACGGCACCUCAAGAGGAGCGUGGUUGAAGCCAUGCAGCGACAAGCCAGGAAAAUGUGCAAUUAUAACAAGAUCUUGGCAACAAAAAAAAAUCUGGACCAUGUCAAUAAGAUCCUGAAAGCCAAAAAGCUGCAGAGGCAGGCACGGACAGGGAAUAACUUUGUGAAGCGCAGGCCAGGGAGGCCUCGAAAGUACCCGCUCCAGGCUGUCGUCUCAAUGCAGGCUUUCCAGGCAGCUCGACUGGUGAGCCAGGAGCUGGAGAAGAGAGAAGAAAGCAGCAGCCCCUUACACCUGGGACCUGAUACCAUCACAGACGUGAUUGAAGCUGUGGUGCAGAGUGUGAAUCUGAAUACAGAUCACCGGAAAGGCUGGAAGAGGAAGAGGUGGCUUGCAGAGGAACAGGCCAGGAAACGCCAAAAGCCUUUGCCAGAAGAUGAGCAGGAGAGCAAUAAGAGUUUCUCUGAGCCAGCAGCCGAACCUCCCAGUCCACAGGAUGCCCUUGGGAAACCACCUGGACCUGAAAACACUGAGCAGCCUUUGCCAGCUCUAGCCCAGCGCGAGAAAAAAGCCCCUCGACCCCCAAAGAAGAAGUACCAGAAGGCAGGGCUCUACUCUGAUGUGUACAAAACCACAGAUCCCAAGAGCCGCCUCAUCCAACUGAAGAAAGAAAAGCUGGAGUACACUCCUGGAGAGCACGAGCACGGGUUGUUUCCAGCCCCUAUUCACGUCGGAAAGUAUCUCAGACAGAAGAGGAUCGACUUCCAGCUGCCUUACGACAUCCUCUGGCAGUGGAAACACAAUCAGUUGUAUAAAAAGCCAGAUGUCCCACUGUAUAAAAAAAUCCGUUCUAACGUCUAUGUGGAUGUCAAACCUCUCUCUGGCUAUGAGGCCACCACCUGCAAUUGCAAGAAGCCAGAUGAUGACAACGGGAAGGGCUGUGUGGAGGACUGUCUCAACAGGAUGAUCUUUGCGGAGUGUUCACCAAACACAUGCCCUUGUGGUGACCAGUGCUGCAAUCAGCGGAUACAGAGGCAUGAAUGGGUGCAGUGCCUGGAGAGGUUCCGGGCUGAGGAGAAAGGAUGGGGUAUUCGUACCAAAGAACCCCUGAAAGCAGGACAGUUUAUCAUUGAAUAUCUGGGAGAAGUUGUUAGUGAGCAAGAAUUCAGGAACCGGAUGAUUGAACAGUACCAUAAUCACAGUGAUCAUUACUGCCUGAAUUUAGACAGUGGAAUGGUGAUAGAUAGUUAUCGUAUGGGCAAUGAGGCUCGUUUUAUCAACCACAGCUGUAAUCCUAACUGUGAGAUGCAGAAAUGGUCUGUGAAUGGUGUUUACAGGAUUGGAUUGUACGCACUUAAAGACAUGCCUGCUGGUACUGAACUGACUUAUGACUACAAUUUUCAUUCCUUUAAUGUUGAAAAACAGCAACUCUGCAAGUGUGGUUUUGACAAAUGCAGAGGCAUAAUCGGGGGUAAAAGUCAGCGAAUGAAUGGGCUUUCAAGCAAAAGCAAUCAGCCUGUGAGCACCCACAGAAGGCCUGGACGGUCAAAAGAGAAAAGGAAGUCAAAGCACAAACUAAAGAAGAGAAGGGGUCACAUCCCAGAGGAGCCCAGUGAAAGUGUGAACGCACCAACAAGGCUGACGCCACAGCUGCAGAUGAAGCCCAUGUCGAACAGGGAAAGGAAUUUUGUGCUGAAACACCAUGUAUUUUUGGUACGAAACUGGGAAAAGAUUCGACAGAAGCAAGAGGAAGUGAAGCACGUCAGUGACAAUAUCCACAGCACAUCACUGUACAACCGCUGGAACGGGAUCUGUCGGGAUGAUGGGAACAUCAAAUCUGAUGUGUUCAUGACCCAGUUCUCAGCCCUUCAGACCGCCCGCUCCGUGCGAACACGCCGCUUGGCUGCAGCUGAGGAGAACAUUGAGGUGGCUCGCGCUGCCCGCCUAGCCCAGAUCUUUAAGGAAAUAUGUGAUAGCAUCAUCGCCUAUAAAGGUGAAGACUCCUCCAGGCAGGCUCUUGCAGCUCCUCUCCUGAACCUACCCCCAAAGAAAAAAAAUGCGGACUAUUACGAGAAGAUCUCUGAUCCCCUGGACCUUGCCACCAUCGAGAAGCAGAUCUUGACUGGCUAUUACAAAACUGUGGAAGCUUUUGAUGGGGACAUGCUGAAGGUCUUCCGGAAUGCAGAGAAAUACUAUGGGAGGAAGUCCCCGACGGGGCGCGACGUGUGCCGCCUGCGGAAGGCGUAUUACAGCGCCCGGCACGAGGCAGCGGCCCAGAUCGAUGAGAUCGUGGGGGAAACAGCAAGUGAGGCUGACAGCAGCGAGACGUCGGUCUGCGAGAAGGAGAGCGGGCACGAGAAGGACGAGGACGUGAUCAGAUGCAUUUGUGGCCUUUACAAAGAUGAAGGACUCAUGAUCCAGUGUGAAAAGUGCAUGGUCUGGCAGCACUGCGACUGUAUGGGGGUGAAUUCGGAUGUUGAACACUACUUGUGUGAGCAGUGUGAACCUCGGUCAGUGAACAGGGAGGUGCCCAUGAUCCCUCGUCCCCACUAUGCCCAGCCUGGCUGUGUCUAUUACAUUUGCUUGUUACGGGAUGAUCUGCUGCUGCGCCAAGGUGACUGUGUUUACCUGAUGAGGGACAGCCGCAGAACUCCGGAUGGCCACCCCGUGCGGCAGUCCUACCGGCUCCUGUCCCACAUCAACAGGGAGAAACUCGAUAUAUUCCGCAUCGAAAAGCUCUGGAAAAAUGAGAAAGAGGAGCGGUUUGCCUUUGGUCAUCACUAUUUCCGUCCACAUGAAACACAUCAUUCCCCUUCUCGAAAGUUCUAUCACAAUGAGCUCUUCCGGGUGCCACUGUAUGAAAUCAUCCCCUUGGAGGCUGUGGUGGGCACGUGCUGUGUUCUUGACCUCUACACCUACUGCAAAGGGAGGCCAAAAGGUGUGAAGGAGCAGGAUGUGUAUAUCUGUGACUACCGCCUGGACAAAUCAGCUCAUCUCUUCUACAAGAUCCACCGGAACCGCUAUCCUGUCUGCACCAAGCCCUAUGCCUUUGACCACUUUCCCAAGAAACUCACACCCAAGAGAGACUUUUCACCUCAUUAUGUACCAGACAACUACAAGAGAAAUGGAGGCAGAUCAUCCUGGAAAACAGACCGCUCCAAGCCGCAGAUUAAAGACUUAAACCAAGAAGAAGAUUCUCUUCCACUGAUGGAGGAUGUAUUGGGAAACCAAGAGCAACCCUCCAGUGAGAUGCCUGCCCUAGAGGAGUCAGAAAAAGAGGCAGCCUCUGGUGAGGGCUGUGAAGCUGAGAAGAAGGUAGAAGAAAGCAGCUCGGACACGAGGCAGCUCUGCACUCCAGAGGAAAGGCGGCAUAUUCAGAGGGAGAGACUGAAUCAGAUCCUGCUCAACCUCUUAGAGAAAAUCCCAGGGAAAAACGCUAUUGAUGUCACUUACUUGCUGGAGGAAGGAUCAGGAAGAAAACUGCGGCGGCGAACUCUGACCAUCCCCGAGAGCAGCUUCAGGAAGUGAUGCCACCAGAAGAGGCUGUGGUCUGGAGUCUGCUACAAGGUCUGCUGAGGACUGAGGGCAGGAGCCCAACUUCCUCUGCACCAGCCAAGGAAAAGAGGGCAGCAGCAAACUGACAAAUAUACAAACAGUUAGCACUUAGAUGUCUGGGUUGGCAGGUUGCCCUGCCCUGCUCUGCAGUGCUCUUAUGGUGUGUGUGUUGUUGGGCGUGCCUUGUAUUGAUGUUAGGUACUGAGAAAAACCUCGUGGUUAUUGUCCAGGAUGGUCAAAUUUAAUUUAUUUUUGCUUGAGAUUCCCACUCAGAGGAAAAAAAAAGAAAAAAAAAAGAAAAAAAAAGAGGUAAGAAAGGACAGGAAUGGGGGAGGUGAGAAGGAAAAGGACUGAGCUACUCUGAGAAUAUUCCCCACGUUCACCACUUAACCUGUGAUUGUACAAGAUCCUGCUGGCACCACCGUGGCCCGUGACGGUGAACGCAGUCAGAUGGGAGGGUGAAGGCCCCGUGGCUUCCAGCGUAGGGCGGCCCUGGAGCCGUGGCCUCUGAUUUGCACAAGUUCCAAGCAGAGAGCAGCGUCCGUGGCGACGCGACAGGGUCAGCGCGGAGCGGCCGGUGCGCCCGUGGGGUGGGUGACAAGGAGCAGCCUCCCGAGCGCCCUGGGAGCCAGGCAGGAGUUGCCUGCUCGAGGCCCUUGUUGUGCGGCGUGGAACGGGGAGGGGGGGGAUUCUCUUUCUCGCAUGCUUCCUGCAGAGGUUUUCUAACGCAGGUCAGGCCCCGCCGUCGCUGCUGCUGGGCUGGAGAAGCUGUGGUUCUCGUGUGUCUCGUGUGUUGUGCAAAUGGAAACCUGUUCAAAAGAAGCAGCCCCCCCCCCUAAAACCAGAGGAACCCUUCACUACAUGAACCAUCGAGCAGUAUUCCCAGCGAGUGUUUGUUGUGCCCUGUAGGAUAUAGCAACUGCUAACACUACCCUCGUGUUCUGCUUGUACAGCUUAACCUGUCCGUCUCCGAGCUGAAGAGCCAGCGUUCCCCGCGCCGCCCUCCCUCUGCCCUGGCGGGUGUCAGCCCCACGAGCGGCCCCCAGGCCCCCGCUGCUCCCUGCAUGAAGCCACAGCGUGCCCGAGAGUGGGGCUGCCCCGGGACACGGAGCAAAGGGAGGGGGGGGUCGGCGAUGCUGCCCCUUGGAAAUGGCUUUGCUUUUUUGUCCUUCCGACGUACAUAUGCAGAUACAGUCCUGUUUUAGAUGUUCUUCGAAGAAAACCGGUUUUUAAUGUGCCAAGUUGUAUAUAUCUGCUGCGUGGAUGUAAAGCAAUACCGUAGUUACAUGUUCCUUUUUAAUGGACCAAGCUCGUCCUAAUGUACAUUCUUGUUACUAUGAUUAUUUUACUCUUAGUGGAACAUGGCUCAUUCCAUUCAACUUUUCCGUGUUGAUUUCAAAAGGACAAAAAGAGAUUAAAAAAGAAAAACCACGAAAAAAAAGGCAAAAAAAAAAACCCUUUGAGAAAAAAAAAAAGUAAUAAAAACCACAAAUAUUUUAUUAAAAAAAAAAAAGAGAAAAAAAAAAGACAAAACCUAAGGAAAUAGUUUGGAAUAUUUUCUUACUGUAGAGAAGCACUGUACAGAACCAGGAGCCCUGAGUAUAAAAUACUCGUGCGUGUAGUAGGAAUAUCGCAUGUCCCCCCCCUUGAGUUGUCUCCUUUAGUUCCAGCCCCGAAAUCAUCGUCUCCAAUGGUGUUAAACACUAAAAGAAAGAAGUUUUUAAGAAGCCGAGUGCGUUCGGAAGCGCCACCCUGAGCUCUCUCAUUUUAUCUUUCUUUUGUUGAAAGACUAAACCGAGAUGUUUUUUAGACAAUCAAACCUUAGGUAAGUGCAAAGACUUCGUUUUUUCUUACUGGUGUAGAAAUUAAGGACUUUUUUUAUUUUGGGGUUAUUUUAUAAUAAUGAGAAGACCGGAGGGUCGCCAGGAUCGCUGUUUUCAGACCAGGAAGCACUACAUUACUGCAAAUAGAUAUGAACUCUUAGUCUGCAUGGGUGUAGGCUGUGUGAUUGCUGAAAAUAAAUGCUGCUAAUAUAUUUCCUUUUUACAAAGCAUAUCUAAAUAGAUCAUUGUUUUGAUGUUAAUCUUUGUAAAUUAUGUAUUACCAAUUUUAACAUUGGAUGUAAUUGCAUAAAAAGCCUGCAUCUCAAUCCUGAGAGAGUCUAGUAUUAAAUGGAAAAUCUUUUCCUA